GGACUCUGUUGGAUUGAUCUUCUAUCGGUUCUCCGGACUGUACGAUGAAAACCAGACCUCUCGUCAUUUUGCACACCUGCUGCUUUCUGUUCUUUCUUCUGUCGGAUUCAGGGGUUUGUGGCUCUGAAGCCGAGCACAGGCUCUUCUCAGUCAUCUUCUCCAGUUAUAACCAGUACAUCAGACCGGUGGAGAACGUGUCCGAGCCCGUCAUCGUCCAGUUUGAGGUGUCCAUGUCACAGCUGGUCAAAGUGGAUGAGGUGAACCAGAUUAUGGAGACCAACCUUUGGCUGCGACAUAUUUGGAACGAUUAUAAGCUCAGGUGGGAUCCCAAGGACUUUGGAGGCGUUGAGUUCAUCCGUGUUCCGUCCAAGAAGAUUUGGAAACCAGACAUUGUGCUGUACAACAACGCAGUCGGUGAUUUCCAGGUGGACGACAAAACGAAAGCUCUUCUGCGCUACAACGGAGACGUCACCUGGAUCCCACCGGCCAUCUUCAAGAGCUCCUGCAAGAUCGACGUCACCUUCUUCCCGUUCGACUACCAGAACUGCACCAUGAAGUUCGGCUCAUGGACCUACGACAAAGCCAAGAUCGACCUGGUGCUCAUCGGCUCCACCAUCAACCUGAAGGAUUUCUGGGAAAGUGGCGAGUGGACGAUCAUCGACGCUCCCGGAUACAAGCACGACAUCAAGUACAACUGCUGCGAGGAGAUCUACACGGACAUCACGUACUCACUCUACAUCCGCCGGCUGCCGCUCUUCUACACCAUCAACAUGAUCAUUCCCUGUCUGCUCAUCUCCUUCCUCACCGUUCUGGUGUUUUAUCUCCCGUCCGACUGUGGAGAGAAGGUGACCUUGUGCAUUUCUGUUCUCCUCUCCCUCACUGUUUUCCUCUUGGUCAUCACCGACCCGUCCACGUCUCUCGUCAUCCCUCUGAUCGGAGAGUACCUGCUCUUCACCAUGAUAUUUGUGACUCUGUCCAUCGUGAUCACAGUGUUUGUGCUCAAUGUGCAUUACCGCACGCCUAAGACGCACACCAUGCCCGGCUGGGUUCGGAAAGUGUUCCUCGGUCUGCUCCCUUGGGUCAUGUUCAUGACGCGGCCUGAGAAAGAGCCGGAGAGGAAGACCAGACCUUGCGCUCUUCACGCUCCAGGUCUGGUUUCCAGCAAGCAGACGAAUGUUUCGCGCCGGGCUCCUCUGCUGCUGUGCUCCUCUGAGCUCACCAACCUGAGCGAGGCCUCGUCUAAGACGGCGCCUGGCUUUCUGUGUCGAGACGGACGAUGCCUGGGGAAGCAACAAGGCACUAACGUCUCCAGCGCAGGAGCAGAAGACGGAGGGAGUCCGUGCUCCAGCUCUGAGUCUCUGGACGCUGGGUUUCUGUGCAUGUCUCCACAGGUGAGAGACGCCAUAGAGAGCGUCAAGUACAUCGCUCAAAACAUGAGGCUACAGAACGAGGCCAAGGAGGUCCAGGACGACUGGAAGUAUGUGGCGAUGGUGAUUGACCGGAUCUUUCUGUGGGUGUUUGUCCUCGUGUGUAUUCUGGGUACGGCUGGACUCUUCCUGCAGCCGCUGCUGAUGAGCGAGGACAUGUGACGACUUCACAUCCCAACAUUUUCAUAGCCAGAACCUAAUUUCCAGCAACCUUAACUCAGCAUUUUUAUAUCAUGUUUCGGUUAGAGUUUAAUUAAAAGGCAUUGGUUUACAGGUUGGUUGACUCUGGGACUUUUAAGAGCUCAAACGGAGCAGCUAAAAUGAGGAUCAUCAUCGACUUUCAAGAAGAUUUCUAAGUACCCACCCGACGGCUUACUGUCCUCCUUUGUCAAUUCCUAUUUCCAUCAAAGUCAUGCAACCCGGCUGCAUUAUAUAAGGCUAAAUAAGGCUAAAACACAUUUGGCCGA